GUGCAUUGUGGGAAGAAGCCUUUCCUGUUUAUUUCCUGACGUGUAACCAUUUUUCUCUCCAUAUCAAAGCUAAAAAGCAUGACGAAGUCGACACUAAUUAAGUUCUUAAUUUAAACGACACAUUUUCCUUCCGCGGCUGUCAGCACGGACCGUAACAUGGAGGCUGGUGAAGGUGUGAGCAGCGCCACGCCCACAGAGGAGAUGAACGGAGCAGGAAACCUGAUGGACUUCCUGGACGAGCCGUUUCCUGACGUUGGCACGUAUGAGGACUUCCACACCAUCGACUGGCUGAGGGAGAAGUCCAGAGACACGGACCGCCACCGCAAGAUAACCAGCAAGAGUAAAGAGUCCAUCUGGGAGCUGAUCAAGAGCCUGCUGGACGCCUGGUCAGGAUGGGUGGUGAUGCUGCUCAUCGGACUGCUCUCAGGUACGCUGGCUGGAGUGAUCGACCUGGCGGUGGACUGGAUGACAGACCUGAAGGAAGGCGUGUGUCUCUCGGCCUUCUGGUACAGCCACGAGCAGUGCUGCUGGACGUCCAACGAGACGACCUUCGACGACCGAGACAAGUGUCCGCAGUGGCAGAAGUGGGCCGAGCUGAUGACCGGCCACGCUGAGGGAGCUGGAGUGUACGUGUUGAACUACUUCCUGUACGUCCUGUGGGCGCUGCUGUUUUCCUUCCUGGCCGUGUCGCUGGUGCGAGUGUUCGCUCCGUACGCCUGCGGUUCGGGAAUCCCAGAGAUCAAGACGAUCCUCAGCGGCUUCAUCAUCCGGGGCUACCUGGGCAAGUGGACCCUGCUGAUCAAGACGGUCACCCUGGUUCUGGCGGUGUCGUCGGGCCUCAGCCUGGGGAAGGAGGGCCCUCUGGUCCACGUGGCGUGUUGCUGCGGAAACCUCUUCUGCAGCCUCUUCUCCAAGUACAGCAAGAACGAGGGCAAGCGGCGAGAGGUGCUUUCAGCCGCAGCAGCAGCCGGCGUGUCGGUGGCCUUUGGAGCUCCCAUCGGGGGAGUUCUGUUCAGCCUGGAAGAGGUCAGUUAUUAUUUCCCCCUGAAGACUCUGUGGCGUUCGUUCUUCGCCGCCCUGGUCGCUGCCUUCACGCUGCGCUCCAUCAACCCGUUUGGCAACAGCCGCCUGGUCCUGUUCUACGUGGAGUACCACACGCCGUGGUACAUGGCCGAGCUGGUGCCUUUCAUCCUGCUGGGCGUGUUCGGCGGCCUCUGGGGGACCCUCUUUAUCCGGGCCAACAUCGCCUGGUGCCGGCGGAGGAAGACCACCCAGCUGGGGAAGUACCCGGUGCUGGAGGUCAUCGCUGUGACGGGCAUCACCGCCGUGCUGGCGUACCCCAACCCGUACACCCGCCGCAGCACCAGUGAGCUCAUCUCUGAGCUCUUCAACGACUGCGGCGCGCUGGAGUCCUCGCAGCUCUGCGAUUACGUCAACAACCCCAACAUGAGUCGGCCGGUGGACGACAUCCCGGACCGACCGGCGGGGCCCGGGGUCUACAACGCCCUGUGGCAGCUCGCCCUCGCUCUCAUCUUCAAGAUCGUCAUCACCAUCUUCACCUUCGGCAUGAAGAUCCCGUCAGGUCUCUUCAUUCCCAGCAUGGCGGUCGGUGCCAUCGCAGGACGGAUCGUCGGGAUCGCCGUGGAGCAGAUGGCGUACCACCACCACGACUGGAUCAUCUUCAAGAACUGGUGUCGACCCGGCGCAGACUGCGUCACGCCGGGGCUCUACGCCAUGGUGGGAGCCGCCGCCUGUCUGGGCGGGGUGACCAGGAUGACCGUCUCCCUGGUGGUCAUCAUGUUCGAGCUCACCGGCGGUCUGGAGUACAUCGUGCCCCUGAUGGCCGCCGCUGUCACCAGCAAGUGGGUGGCAGACGCCUUCGGGAAGGAGGGCAUCUACGAGUCGCACAUCCAGCUCAACGGCUACCCCUACCUGGACGUCAGGGACGAGUUCACCCACCGCACGCUGGCCACGGACGUGAUGCGGCCCCGCAGGAACGACCCCCCUCUGGCCGUCCUCACCCAGGACAGCACCACGGUGGAGGACGUGGAGACGCUGAUCAAGGACACCGAUUACAACGGCUUCCCGGUGGUCGUGUCCAGAGAGUCGGAGAGGCUGAUCGGCUUCGUUCAGCGCCGAGACCUCACGCUCGCCAUCAAAAACGCCCGUCAGAAGCAGGACGGCGUGGUGAGCAGCUCGGUGGUCUACUUCACCGAAGACGCGCCGCAGCUGCCCGCCAGCAACCCGCAGCCGCUGAAGCUGCGCCGCAUCCUGAACCUCAGCCCCUUCACCGUCACCGACCACACGCCCAUGGAGACGGUGGUGGACAUCUUCCGCAAGCUGGGCCUCCGUCAGUGUCUCGUCACCAGGAGCGGGCGUCUCCUGGGCAUCAUCACCAAGAAGGAUGUCCUGCGACACAUGGCUCAAAUGAUGAACCAGGACCCAGAGUCCAUCAUGUUCAAUUAGAGCGAAGACGCCGACGGUGUAAAUACGUGAACCUGACUUGACGCCGCGCUCCGAGUCCCUCCCACCUCCGCCUCCUGACAGGCGAGUCCCAACCCCGUAGUGACCGCAGCAGCUCAGCUCCACGUGUGUCCAGUGGCUUCGCCGUGAACCCUCAUCGUGUCCACAUUUCAGACCCUCACAACGUCAUCCGUUUGUCGACUGAAGAGCAGGAAGCUGCUCAGGUGGUUAAAGCGUCUCUUUCUUUACGUGUUGCCAACGUGUUGCCAACGUCUGUGAGAGUUUAGAGCCAAACUGUUGAACAGCAGCAGCCGCACAGUUCAGAUAAAACCUUUCGUCAGCAGAGUUCGUUUGAACGACUCUCGGGAUCUGAGGCCGUGUGAGGCCGUCCUGUUGUCCGCCUUCAGACAGUCGGCGUCCGUUCCAUUGUGAUUUUUAAAAACAGCACUGACAACAGAGGGCGCCAAAACACAAAGGUCAAAGGUCAGCGGCGAUGCCUGAGACCUUGUUUGAUAGAUUUAUUUACGUGGUUGGUGUGGUCGCGUGCUUGUCGACGGUGUCGUGUGUUCGAUUGCCCUCGUUGUUCCCGUGUGUCAGCGUGACGUUCAGCUCCUAACCCUAACCCUACGGCACGAAUGUCUGGAGUCCAAAAAUGACCCGAGUUUAAAAGAUGCCAACACAGACAAGCUCUGAGAACUCACAUUAACGGUACAGAAGACAUUUUUGUCGUUGUGUUACGGCACACAAAGAAAAAAGUGUGUGAAAAGUCCAGAGUUUGUGGGACUCGUCGGAUCCGUGCGGUUUCUGCAGGACUGCGAGCAGGCGGACUCGAAGUCCGAUCGGUUUUAUCUGAACUCGACUGCUGCGCUUUGUGUUUGGCCUCACAGUUUCUCUCGCGUGUUGUUGCCAUGUUUGUUUGAAUGCUGCCUGCGUUAACGUUUGUGUUGCUGCGGCCUGAAGGCACAAACUGUCUGAAUCACCAAAUGUUGUUUUUACUGUACAAGCUGAGUGAGGAGACGUUCUUGUGUUCAAUCUCUGGUGUUCAUUUGUGUCAGAAGGGCCUUAAAAUGUGUGCGACGGCAGCAAACUGACAGCUUGAAGCUAAUGAGGGAUAACUUCACGAUUAAUGAAUUCAUUUGUGUUGUGUUUCCGUAACACGUUGUGAUGUGCGAUGCUGGACUGCAGUGAAAACACUUCCUGUGUUCAUGCGGUACUUUAAGCUCCUGAACGUCUGCUGCUGCUGCUGAAGGAUCAGACAGACGUGUCAGAAACGUUUCCCUGCAUGUCUGAGCUGAACAGAACCCACAAACUUGAUUUGAAAAAGAAGAUCAAGAUGCACAUGAACUUUCUGGGGGAGAAAAAGUUGUUUUGUCUCCUCGGCUGCACAUUUCAGUGUUUUUCUCGUUUCCUCAUCGUGGGUUCUGUCAGCUCAUCAAACUGGAAGCUUAAUGUUUGGAAAACGAAAUCGAAAUCAUCCUCCAUAUUGUGAUUUUUGUUUUUUAAUGUCAAGAGAAUGUAUUGAAAAAAUAGCUGUGUUGUAUAUGUUGAAGAUUUUUUUAUUUAACUUUAUUUAACACUAACGUUGAGCCCAGGUUAUUUUUUAUUUUAACUCUAACUAUUUAUCAGAUGCAUUUGGUGUACACACAACAGAUAUUUGCACUUUGUUUUCUUUUGUUCUCCUCGAUUUUAAAUGAAGUGACGGACAAAUAAACCUCUCGGUCUGCGUUCA